CAGCCAAAAGCGUCGUAAGAAAUCACAUGAGAUUGAUCAUUGAUGGGAUAAUCAUUCUAACUUAUCACUGGCUGAAACUGUCGUUAAGAUUUUGUGGUUACGACCUUGGUGAUUUUUUUAUAAAAAAAAUUAACUAAUUUUCUACAACAUGCCAGAUUGCGUUGUUAAAGGUUGCAAAAGCAGAAGAUGUCAGAACCGAAAAAACAAAUUACAGUUAGAAUGGGAACAAGCUAAUAAAAAAAUUACAUUUCACAGAAUACCUAAAGAGCCACAGAAGCGUAAGCUGUGGCUUGAUAGAUUGCAGUUAAAUGAAAAUGAUGUGUCAGAAACCGCAUCAUUAUGUUCACUACAUUUUGAGGAAAAAUUUUUGGACAGAACAUCUCUUGCUUGUACCAGACUUCGAGCUGAUGCCAUCCCAUUUAAAGGAAAUUCAAAAAAUGUAGAAUCUCCUCUGAAACGACAGAAAAUAAUGGAAGACCAUUCGUAUUAUUCAGCAAAUCAAGAAAAUGUUGGUCCUGAUUUGUUAGAAAUUCACAAAGUAGAACAAAAAGAAUACAAUGAUCAUUCUAAUGACUGUACAAAUGUUUCUGAACCAGCAGAACCCAAAAUUACUACCAUUAGUAGUUCUUGUCAAGUUUCCCAGCAGGAUUUUUGUAUGCCAAACAGCCCAGAAGCUAUCAAUCAAACAUUGAGAACUGCACUGGUCAACACAAGAAAAGAAUUCCAAAGAAAAAUAAGAGCUUUACAGCAAAAACAACGAAGAACUGUACAAUAUGUUGAGAGGUUGAAAAGUAUAUUGGCUGCUGUAAAAAAGAAAUAUGGUCUUGAUGCACUACAACUAAAUUUCUUAAAAGAUAUAAAAUAAUUUUAAUAAACAAAUUAUUGUUAAACACCAAAUCAGUAAGAUUAACAAAAUUCCAAUGUUUAGAAACAGGUUAAGUUUUGAUAAAGUUUGCUUUAUCUUUUUUUUUUUACUUGAUGCAAGCAUAUACAGUUGUCUAAAAAUGAUUGAAUUCAUUGGUGUUUUAUACAUAUAACUUAUAUGUUAUUUAAUUUAU